UUCUUCCAACGGAAUGGUCGCCCGUAUCCCAUAUCUAGUGAAGACAAUCUGAAAGUAGAGAUAACUCAGGGCUCGUAUGCCAUUCCCUCGUCGACAGAGUUGGGCGGAUGUGAUCCCAGAAGUGCUAACACCGCGAGAGUCCAGUUCACUGCCAAGAGAUCCGGUUCUUAUUGCAUAAGUAUAUUGAUUGGUCCGAAUCCGACUCACAUCCGCGGCUCACCCUUUACUGACAUAUACUUUCUUCCGACACAUCCCUCUCCUCAGGAAACAGGAUUUAUAAACUACUGCUCGACAGUAGUGUGCACUGAGAAGACACCCCACGCUCUUUUCAUUAAGUUAAGAGAUAAAUACGGAAACUUAUGUCCCAUUUCUCAAGAUUUUGACGCCAGCGAUGACUUCGCUGUCGAUUUGGUGGAGAUGUCGACCGGAAAGCCAAUUCAUUCGGCCUUCUAUUGGGAUAUUCAGCCGAGUCUUAGCAGAAUUGCACUCGUAUUGAGAUUAGACAACGAAGGCCUCUACAGUGCCAUUGUC